AUGGCGACCAGCUCUGCACAGAGCCUGCCCUUAUCGCCGCCUCCACCCUCCCCUCCACGAAAACGAUUGAGCAAAGUGCUUACGGGCGGCCGUCGACGCUCGUCAGACGUUCAGAGUGAAAACGGUACAACUAGCCUCCACGGUUCGAUUGAGUCGCUAGGUCUUGCCAAACCCCCCUCGGUUCAAAGUCGACGCAGCCCGAGCCGCGAUGGAAGCACGAGAUCCAGCACCAGUGGUGGUGUGAAAAAGCUGGUGCCUGGGCAUGCUAAGCGAGAACGCAAAAGGAUCAGAGAGGAAGAACUACAACGAAUCGCUGACGAGGAGGUUGCUAGAGGCCGUCAACCCGCUCCGACCCCCGACUCACAAGCUCCUGGUGUAAGCCCAGUUGCGAGACCAUCCACUUUGAAUCGCAGCCGCAGCAGUCUCGUCACAGUCGACUCAGAUAUCGAGUCUCGACCCUCUCUUAUUAGUCAUGACUCGCACGCUGGCUAUCUGACAACUUCAUCCCCACUCAUCAUGACCACUACAGUUGGCAGUAAUGAGGAACAUUCCUCCCGCAACCCGUCUCCAGAACAAUUUCCUUCAAUCGCUGAAUCUCACCCAACACCCAUAAGUGUUCCGACUUCGCCAAAAUCACCCCCACGCGUUGAAGUUCCCUCAUUACCCAAAUUUGCAAAUCUGACAGACAAGGCAAACACGCUAAAGCCAGGUUUCGAUUCCAGUCAACUAAGAGGCAAGUCUCCUGCAAGGAGAUUUAGGGACGUUUUCGCAAAGACUGGCAAGAGUCCGAGAGUCAGUCCGGAGCGUCGAGAUAUAGACCUGGCCACGACUGUGCCUGCUCAUGACGGCGCAGACUUAGACAGGAGCAGUACGGGUUUUGGAGAAAGACGACUUUCGAAUGAUCCAGAGGCUCGAGCCCCUUCUCCUCUAAGAGCACAAACCCUCGUCGCUGCGCCUGUAUCCAGACCUACUGUGCCACCACUACAAGUUGACACUCCUCAACCUAGGACACCACCUGGCUCUAUUUUCCACAAUCCGACCACAACAAUAACGCCUCCCACACCAACCGAUCCCGAGAACAGAAAGACCCUGCACACUUCACCCAAACCUGAUUACGCUGGGGGAUCGUGGCCAGAGCAGAACACGACUGCCGUGCAGAGCAAUGGCCACAGACGCGUACGCUCACAUUCAGGUGCCAUGCACCAGAAGAGCAAGCUCUCGACUUCGACUAUCCCUCCUCUCACCCCCACCAUCGAAGAGGUCAAAACACCUACCUUGUCUUCUGGAACAUCAGGCUCUCGGAAUGUCAGUUCUGGCAACGGCUUCUUCUCGUCCUGGGUUUCAGCUGCUCAAAAUGCAGCAACGUCAAUUACUAACUUGACCAAUCAAAACCGAAGCCGUGCAGGCACUACCUCGAGUGAUUCCAGUAAAACAAAACCUACAGACACUCCACCUAAAGAAAAGGAAGUAGCCGCUCCCAACUUGGAAAGGCUGCCUCAAGAAUUGAAAAAAGAGCUUGCCGUAGAUACUUUAGGAUCCGGUGACCUCAACCUCAGUCAUCUUGGCAUCGAAGAGAAAGUCGAUAAGAGAGCUCCAUCCCCAUCCCGAUCGGAACAUGCUGCGAGUGUGAAGGAUGAUAUGGCUGCGAGAAUGGAAGACCUCCUAGCCAAGCGGGCUGUGUCACAGGCAUAUGAAAAACCCAGCAAGUCAGGAGAAGCGACUCCAAUCGCCGAAAUCUCUGACCCUGUCGCUUCCGUCAGGCCCGCUUCCACAUUUGACUCUGCGACAGGUGCACUCACCCCGCCAAACGGUAGUAUCUUCGAGGGUGAAACGAAUGGAGUCAAACGCACUAAUAGUGUACGCAGCAAGCUCCAUGAUCAUAGGAGUAGGGGUUCGUCAGUGACUACCGCCCAGUCAACAGCGGGUGGUAUGAUGGGCGCAAGCACCACGACAUUAACCAACGCAACCGCAGCUUCAAAACUGUCCGGCUUUGCAAUUGCUCCAAAGCCAAGAAACCGUGCUUUUCAUCAGCAGUUUCGCAGCGUCCCAGAGGAUGACUUUCUCAUUGAGGACUACAGUUGCGCUUUGCAAAAAGAAAUCCUGCUAGCUGGCAGGAUCUAUAUUUCCGAAGGUCACAUAUGCUUCUCAAGCAAUAUUCUAGGUUGGGUCACUACCUUGAUUAUCUCAUUUGAAGAAGUAGUUAGCAUUGAAAAAGAGAACACAGCCAUUGUCAUUCCAAAUGCCAUCGCUGUACAGACACUCCAUGCUCGCCACACAUUUCGGAGUCUGCUCAGCAGGGAGGCCACCUACGACCUCAUGAUAGGAAUAUGGCGUGUCAGCCAUCCCGACAGCUUCGAGAAGAGCAUGAACGGUCAGAAACUAGCCGCAGAGAUGGCCAGUGCUGAGAAUGCCGCAAUCAACGACGAAGCAGGUGACGCACCAGCAAGCGGCGAUUCCACUGAAGAGACGGACUCAGAGGACGACGACGAUGACCAAAGCGUUGGCGAUACCGAUAGCCUAGGUGAACAGGAGUAUCAAGAGGCUAAGAGCCUGAGUCGAAAGCCCUCUGGUGGUAAAGACAUAGGUUCUGGGCCAAUCAUGGCAGCAUCUGUUGCUCCCGCAAGUGGUGAUGCAACUAGUUCUGUUGCACCGAUCGUCGCAACAGCGGACAGCGUUCCGGAUUUUCCAGGGCCAGCCACCCAUGCACCCACAGAAUGUGCUGACACUGCCACUCAUUACGACAAGAUUAUCAAGGAUGAAGUAAUCCAGGCACCACUAGGCAGGAUAUACACUCUACUAUAUGGUACCCAAUCGACCACUUUCAUGAGAAAAUUCCUGGUUGAUGGUGUCAGCAAAGCACAGGAUCUUCAGAUGGAGGACGACAAAAAGGGCCUGGACAACGAGAACAAAUCAAGAAAGUAUCAAUACGUCAAGCCACUUGGAGGUAGUAUUGGCCCGAAGCAGACAACCUGUAUCACAACGGAAGUGCUUGAUAUGUUCGACCUUGAGAAGGCGGUUAGUGUUUCAUGCACGACCGCAACACCCGAUGUGCCAAGCGGCAGUGCCUUCAGCACGAAAACCAAGUAUUGUCUUACCUGGGCUCCAGGCAACGCCACAAGAUUUCAGAUGAACAUGACGAUCGAAUGGACGGCAAAGUCCUGGCUCAAAAAUCCAAUUGAAAAGGGCGCGCUUGAUGGACAACAACAGUAUGGUGACGACCUGAUCAAGACCAUCAAAGCCGCGCUUGGCCGAUCGAGAGCAACGACAGCUGGCAGUAAAGUGCUGAAGAACGGUAAGAAGAAACGCAGAAGCUCCAAGAGAGACAAGAGCGAGUCGGCUCAAGCAGAGAGCAAAAAGGACGAAAAUUGGGGUCCGAUUGAAUUUCUCAGGCCAAUGCUCAACCCUAUUGUCGCACCCGUAAAACCAUUUGUGCAAACGAAUAUUGUGGUGGCCGUCCUUACAAUGAUGGUGUUGUGGAUGUGGUUCCGAGGAACUAGCUCAAGGUCUUCUCUAGCUCUCCUAGGAAAGGCUGAACGUGGUUUGUACUAUGACGACCUUUGGCGUCGCGAAGAAAACGAGUUGUGGGGCUGGUUAGAAGACCGUGCUAGUAUUGAUGGCAUGGUGCUUCGCGAGUCGUUGCAAAGCAAUGACGCACAGAAGAAAGAUAACAAGCAGAAGUUCCAAAAGCGGCAGAAAUUGUUGAAGAGCAGGAACAUGCAGACUCGGCUAAGGGAGGAGAAGAUGACUGUCAAAGAGAUGGAAGAAGCCGUUCGAGUGACCCAAGAAAGACUCGAGUCACUGCAGCGAAAUCUGGAGCGACACAAGAAUGAUGGGCAUUAA